CAAGAUGUCCUGAAACCUCCGUGGGGAGAAUCCAUACCUCGAAGUUACGACAUCGUUCGCAACAAAAUUUCGGGGUUUUUUUUAUGACUUCGCGAUUUUGAAAAUGCUGUCCGCCUCGUCACCAAUCGCAUUUCCCAAGAGCUCACCACCUCCAGCUCCGAAACGCACCCUAACUCACAACCAUGCGCCUCCCAAACCAAAGGCCCGCCCUGGCCCAUUUGUCGUGGAAGAUGAUGACUCGGACUCGGACUCGGUCGUCGAGAGUUCAGAGCCCAUAGCGAAACGACCCAUGCUCGAAGAUCCACGGCAGAAAAGCUCGGAAUCACUGGCUCGGCAUGAUGAGACUGACCCGAAUGCCAUCAACGACGCUCAAGUCACCUCACAGCUUCCCGAACCGCAGACUACCCUACCCGCCUGGUCAAGUCAACUGCCUCUCUUCUCAAAGUCUUUAUUGAGUACGCUCGCGCCGAAAUCAUACACUGCUCGGACAUGCCACGGCAAGGCGACAACCAUUAAGGAACGUAAGACGUCGACGGCAGCCACAUACGAAUCCAUGGUAGCGGCCAGGUCAAAAACCAAGGAAGGCCGAGCGAAACGAAGUUACUACGGAAUCGAGAUCCACGAACUUAUCAAUAACGCGUCCGCGGAGAUUGCAAUCCAACGGGAAACACGCCCCGUCCAGCCGAGCGUCCCCAUACAGUCAGUCGAGGGAACAGUUUCAACAGGCAAGAAACCAAAGCGGACACUUCUAUGGACGGAAAAGUAUCGAGCUCGGAAUUUUAUGGACCUAUGUGGCGAUGAUGGAACAAACAGACUGGUCCUACGGUGGUUGAAGAAGUGGGAUCCUCUGGUGUUCCCCGGAGCAGCCAAGGCAAAGUCGAGCAUUUCCAGACGACUGGGGAUGAACCAACAGGAUGAGGAGGAGAAGCCUCACAGAAAAAUCCUCAUGCUCACAGGCCCGCCGGGUUUGGGAAAGACGACAUUGGCACAUGUCUGUGCUAGACAAGCGGGAUACGAUGUCAUGGAGAUCAACGCCAGUGACGACCGAAGCCGAGACGUCGUAAAGAACAGGAUUCGAACAAGUUUGGGCACUGAGAGCGUCAAGACUGUCAGCAAUCGCAAGGAGGGCGAUGGUCCGCAGAAGGUUGCUAAACCGGCAUGCGUUAUCGUUGAUGAGGUGGACGGAGCGGUUGCAGGGUCUGGAGCCUCAGGCGAAGGUGGUUUCGUCAAAGCGCUGAUAGACUUGGUUCUUCUCGACCAAAAGAACGCUUCAGGGGCUUCAGCAAACCAGAGCCACAAGAAGAAGAAGAAGGGCGACGACUUCCGACUGAUGCGUCCACUCAUUCUCAUCUGCAAUGACGUGUAUCAUCCAUCUUUGCGGCCACUCCGACAAUCAAAUCUGGCAGAGGUCAUCCACGUUGGCAAGCCCUCAAUUGACGCUGUGGUGGGCCGACUGAAGAAUGUCUUUGAGAAGGAAGGUAUUCCCUGCGACAAAGACGCAGCGCGGAAGCUCUGCGAGGCAGCAUGGGGCAUGUCGAGCGGCAUCGAUGCGAAACGAGGAGCCGAGAGCACCGUCGAAGGUGACCUGCGAGGUGUCAUGGUUGUUGGUGAAUGGGUGGCUGGCCGCUUCCGCUCUACGCCUAUACAUGGUGCCGGCCGCCUCACCAGACAAUGGAUCGAACAGAACGUCCUCAACGACCUCGCCAAAGGUAGUGGCGGAGGCCGUGGGAUAGGUCGUGGUGGUGUCAAGGAUAUUGUAUCCCGACUCUUCCAAGAGGGCGGCGGCUUCCCAAAACAGGCGCUUGAUUUGUCUGAAUCCAAGACGAAGCACGAGCAGCCGAAGGCGGAGCUGGGCUUCGGCGAGUACCAGAAGAAGUACGCCAUGGAGCGGUUGCGGCACAUGAUUGAUACGAGCGGCGAGAUUAGCCACAUCAUGACGGAGAUAUUCUCAGAGUACCCGAACCGCGAGUACAACGACGACUUAUACCUCUCCAAGCCCAACCAGGCGUACGACUGGAUGCACUUCCACGAUACCUGCCAGUCACGCUUAUUCUCCAGCCAGGAGUGGGAGCUCGCCCCCUAUCUCAGCCAACCUGUCCUCGCGUGCCAUCACCUUUUUGCCUCCCCGAAGCGCCAUGUCCCCAACAUGGGCUUUGACCGGCGCUGGGGCGGCGACGCUCAAGAGGAUGCUCCGCCGCCGCUCCCCUUCUCAGGCCCGCGCGCCGACUACCAGGCGUUCGAGGCGGAACGACAAAACCGCUCUCAGCUACAGGCCCUUCAGAGCCAGCUACCGCCGACGUUGAUGAGAUCCUUCCGCAGCGUCGAGGACGUGGCCGCCGAGUUUCUGCCAUAUCUGGUGCGUCUCAUUUCGCCCGACGUCAAGCCCGUCGUCGUGGGUGGCAGCCAGGGGUCUACGGCCAGCGUGCGGAAGGAGAGUGAGCGCGCCAUGGUCAAGCGCGCGUCGCAGGUGCUCGCUGAGGUGGGCAUCGCGCUGGAGAAGGGCAAGAUCGAGAGCGACUCGCUCGUGAAUCGCACGCCGCAAUAUGUCUACCGCAUGGAUCCUGACCUAGACGUUCUCGCUACCUUUGAGACCGCCGCCAACCUCCUCCUCCCCUCUGCGGCCCCCACCCGUUACGCCGUCCGCCAAGUUCUAGACCAGGAACUCAAGCUCACCGUCGCCGCGAACGAGGCCCUCGCCCGGCAAGCACGCUUCAAGGCAGGCAACCCGCUCGAUCACGAUGACCAUGCCUUUGUCACCAAAGAGAACGCCGCCAAGAACAAGGUCCUCGCCAUGAUCGCCGCGGCCAAGGAGGCGACGCUCGUCAAACGAGACUUUUUUGGACGUGUUAUCGAGGCACCGGUCCUGACGGAGCUAGAACAUACCGAAGAACGGCGGGCUCGGCAGGAGGAAAAGGAGCGCAAGGUGUGGGUGACGUAUCAUGAAGGGUUGAAUAAUGCGGUGAGGAAACCCAUGUCGUUGCAGGAGUUUAUGAGGGGACUCUAGGGGAAUUUGGGAUCGAUAUUGCAUGGCGCGGCAAGGAUACUUAGAAUUGGAUCAGGGAAUGAAAUAAUGAUGAUUGCUGGCAGGAAUGCGUAAU